AUGCACCUCAGCAAGGACGAGAGGCUGGAGCUGGGUCUGAAGGUGGAGUCUGCGGACAACCUGGUCUUUGGGGGCAAAGGCGCCAAUGAAGAGCCGGGUGUGCUGACGGGGGAGGGGCACACGCAGGCCCAGCAGGACUGUGUGGACUCAGGUGUGGACCUGGUCUACUCCCUCAACGACCGCCCGCCAUGGUACCUCUGCAUCCUGCUGGGGUUUCAGCAUUACGUGCUGGCGUUUGGCGGCAUCAUCGCCAUCCCGCUCAUCUUGGCCGAGCCGCUGUGCAUCGGUGACAACAACCUGGCCAAGAGCCAGCUCAUCUGCACCAUCUUCUUCGUGUCGGGCCUCAGCACGCUGCUGCAGACCGCCAUCGGCGUCAGGCUGCCGAUCCUCCAGGGCGGGACGUUCAGCUUCAUCACCCCCACCAUCGCCAUUCUGUCCCUGCCCAGGUGGCAGUGUCCGGGCCCCCGGGGGCCUACCGCCUCGUCCACGCCCCUGCAGAACAGCACCAGCCCUCUGGGGGGCGACGACGGCGACGAGGUGUGGAUGUCGCGAAUGCGCGAGAUCCAAGGAGCCAUCUUGGUGUCCUCCUUGGUUCAGAUCCUGCUGGGCUUGACGGGCCUGGUGGGUUUGGUUCUGAAGUACAUCGGACCGUUGGCCAUCGCUCCCACCAUCAGCCUCAUCGGCCUGUCUCUCUUCAUCGAGGCGGGCAAGAAGUCGGGCGCCCACUGGGGCAUCGCCGCUCUCACGGUGGGUCUCAUUCUGCUCUUCUCGCAGUACCUCAGCAAGGUGGACGUCCCUCUGGUGGCCUACAAGGACAAGAAGUGGAAGGUCUUCCACUACCCUCUCUUCAAGCUCUUCUCAGCUCUGUUCGGGAUGUGCGGCAGCUGGCUGCUCUGCUACCUGCUGACCGUCUUCAACGUGCUGCCGUCUGAGGCGGACCAUUACGGCUUCUUGGCCAGGACCGACAUCAACACGGACGCCAUCACCACCUCGCCCUGGUUCCACAUCCCGUACCCAGGUCAGUGGGGUUUGCCCACAGUGAGCGUGUCGUCAGUGUUGGGCAUGAUGGCGGGCGUCCUGGCGUCCACCAUGGAAUCCAUCGGCGACUACUACGCCUGCGCUCGACUGUCGGGCGCCCCGCCCCCGCCCACCCACGCCAUCAACCGCGGCAUCGCCGUGGAGGGCCUGGGCUGCAUCCUGGCCGGCCUGUGGGGGACCGGAAACGGAACCACGUCCUACAGCCAGAACAUCGCUGCGCUCGGCAUCACCAAGGUUGGCAGCAGGCUGGUUCUUCAGACGGCUGGAAUUCUUAUGAUCGUCCUGGGAAUCUUUGGGAAGUUUGGAGCCGUUUUUAUCACCAUCCCAGAUCCGGUUAUUGGCGGCAUGUUUCUUAUUAUGUUUGGAAUGAUUGCAGCUGUGGGAAUAUCCAACCUACAGUAUGUGGACCUCAACUCGUCUCGCAACCUGCUCAUCCUGGGCUUCUCCACCUUCAGUGGUCUGGUGCUGCCCACCUGGUUCCACUCCAACCCAGGCAUCAUCGACACAGGAGUGAAGGAGUUGGACCAGGUGAUCGUGGUGCUCUUCACCACUCACAUGUUCAUUGGAGGCUUCUUGGGCUUCAUCCUGGACAACACCAUCCCAGGCUCACCUGAGGAGCGAGGUCUUCGCAAGUGGCAGCACGCAGCUCAAGAUGGCUGCCAGGUCACAUGUGACUUGACGUGUUACGACAUUCCUUUCUGCAACUUCCUGUGGAAACGUUCCCGCCUCUUCCAGUACCUCCCCUUCCUUCCGUCCUACAGGAGGCAGCAGUAGGGGGCGCCUCUUCACGUGUCUGCUGCACUUGAACGCACUGUUGUUUACAACCACCUCAAACAUCACCAAUAAUCACUCACCUCAUCAAUACAACACCUUUCCAGCGCUAACGAGCUUGCUUUUUAAGAUCGUUAAGUGUUUUUAUACUUACAUCUUGAAAAAAGGAUGUAAAAAACGACUGUAAGAACUUGAAAACUUUUUGGUUAUCAUUUUAAAUAAUUAUUUUCCCCCAAAAUCAUCCAAUGUCCCCUUUCAAUAUUGAUAUCAAAUAUUAGUCUGAUAUCUCAAUAUUGAUAUCAAAUAUCAGUCUGAUAUCGUCCAAAUAACAAGCUUGUGAUGAUAGGAGCUAGCAAGUGAAAUGUAAGAUAUCAUGUGCGAUACAAGCAGUCCUGGAGCGUGUUUGUGUGUGUGUGAUGUCAUGUGCGAUACAAGCAGUCCUGGAGCGUAUUUUCUUGUGUGUGAUAUCAUGUGCGAUACAAGCAGUCCUGGAGCGUGUUUGUGUGUGUGUGAUGUCAUGUGCGAUACAAGCAGUCCUGGAGCGUAUUUUCUUGUGUGUGAUAUCAUGUGUGAUACAAGCAGUCCUGGAGCGUGUUUUCUUGUGUGUGAUAUCAUGUGCGAUACAAGCAGUCCAGGAGCGUGUUUACUUGUGUGUGAUAUCAUGUGCGAUACAAGCAGUCCUGCAGCGUGUUUACUUGUGUGUGAUAUAAUGUGCGACACAAGCAGUCCUUGAGCCUUUUUUUCUUGUUUGUGAUAUCAUGUGCGAUACAAACAGUCAUGGAGAAUGUGUACUUGAGUGCGAUAUCAUGUGUGAUACAAGCAGUGCUGGAGCAUGUUUACUUGUGUGUGAUAUGUGCGAUACAAGUGGUCAUGGAGCGUGUUUUCUUGUGGGUGAUAUCAUGUGUGAUACAAGCAGUCAUGGAGCUUGUUUACUUGAGUGUGAUAUCAUACGCGAUACAAGCAGUCAUGCAGUCUUUACUUGUGUAUGAUAUCAUGUGCGAUACGAGCAGUCCAGGAGCGUGUUUACUUGUGUGUGAUAUAAUGUGCGAUGCAAGCAGUCCCGCAGCGUGUUUACUUGUGUGUGAUAUAAUGUGCGAUACAAGCAGUCCUGGAGCUUUUUAUUCUUGUUUGUGAUAUCAUGUGCUGUACAAACAGUCAUGGAGAAUGUGUACUUGAGUGUGAUAUCAUGUGUGAUACAAGCAGUGCUGGAGCAUGUUUACUUGUGUGUGAUAUGUGCGAUACAAGUGGUCAUGGAGCGUGUUUUCUUGAGGGUGAUAUCAUGUGUAAUACAAGCAGUCAUGGAGCUUCUUUACUUGAGUGUGAUAUCAUGUGCGAUACAAGCAGUCAUGCAGUCUUUACUUGUGUAUGAUAUCAUGUGCGAUACAAGCAGUCCAGGAGCGUGUUUACUUGUGUGUGAUAUCAUGUGCGAUACAAGCAGUCCUGCAGCGUGUUUACUAGUGUGUGACAUCAUGUGCGAUACAGGCAGUCCUGGAGUGUUUUUACUUGUCUGUGACAUCAUGUGCGAUACAUGCAGUCCUGGAGCUUGGUUACUUGUGUGUGAUAUUAUGUGCGAUACAAGCAGUCCUGCAGAUUGUUUACUUGUCUGUGAUAUCAUGUGCGAUAC